CUGAAAAUUUUGUAGCUUAGGAGAGUCAGAAUGACGACUUCGGAAUUGCGGUUGCAGCCAAACAACUUGGACGCUUCUCUCUUCAAUCAUACUCCCUUUUACUGCGAGGAGAACGUCUAUUUUCUUUGCAAGAAACUUUGUUCAUCCGAGAUAGCAGAUGCUCAAGGAUCUGAUCUUUUCGUCGUUUUCAUUUCCAAUGACAAUAAACAGAUUCCACUGUGGCAUCAAAAAGCUAGCCAUAGAGCAGAUGGUGUAAUUCUCUGGGAUUACCAUGUAAUUUGUGUUCAGAGGAAGAAAGAUGGUGGUACUCAUUUAGUAUGGGACUUGGAUUCAAGUCUUCCAUUUCCUUGUCCUUUAGCUACCUAUGUGUCAGAAACUAUCCGGCCAUCAUUUCAGCUCUUUUCGGAGUUUCAGAGGUUUUUCCGGGUAGUGCAUGCUCCUUUAUUUCUUCGUCAUUUUGCAUCUGAUAGAAGACACAUGAAAGAUUCUGAAGGGAACUUUACUGCUCAACCUCCUCCAUAUGAACCCAUAGUUGCUGAAGAUGGAUCUGUGCACAACUUAAACGAGUACAUGGAGAUCCGUGCUGCUGAUGUACUAACAGAUCUACCACCGGAACUGACAAGUGCAGUUUUUGGUCAGAAGCACGGAGUUGUAAUUGGUGAAGCACAUCUUGAGGAAUUAUUUUCUCAAAUUCCUUGAUAUGGUGGGUACUUUUAACUAAAAUCUUAGAACUUGCAUGUUUGAUGCAUGGUCUUGAGCACUUAAAACUGCUACUGUACAAAUAUGUUUCCAAUACUGUUAUAUAUGUCGUGUGCCACAAGCCUGCAAAAAUGAAGGAAAACAACAUACUUACAGCAAUAUUGUUGAUGUGUGGGUAUAUAUAUAUAUAUAUAUAUAUUAUCUCCGUGCUGCUGAUGUACUAACAGAUCUACCACCGGAACUGACAAGUGCAGUUUUUGGUCAGAAGCACGGAGUUGUAAUUGGUGAAGCACAUCUUGAGGAAUUAUUUUCUCAAAUUCCUUGAUAUGGUGGGUACUUUUAACUAAAAUCUUAGAACUUGCAUGUUUGAUGCAUGGUCUUGAGCACUUAAAACUGCUACUGUACAAAUAUGUUUCCAAUACUGUUAUAUAUGUCGUGUGCCACAAGCCUGCAAAAAUGAAGGAAAACAACAUACUUACAGCAA